ACGCAAAUAACCCAGGAUUAUGAGUGACUUGUCUGAGUUGGAAGGUUUCCGACGCUUAAAAGUGGAUUUAUGUGGAAAUUGCAUUAAGAGAGUGAUUUACUAUCAAGAGCCUUCUUAUAAAUAACUGCGCUGACUGAAAGAAAUAGCAAAAUACAUACAAACAUUUUUCAGUGGAUUCAUUUGAAAGAUUACUUUCUCAUUUUAUUUGAAAUGAGUUGCAGAUUUUUGAAUUGCCAUAAAUAAUGCACAUGGAGAGUCCAAAUGUUUGAUGGCAACAUAAAUUGCCAACUGAUAAAAUACAACAAAGGGAAUGAUUUGUCUCUCUAUAAUGAUGAUGGAUCUCUUUCCCAUCUCAUGUGGAGGUGUCAUGUAGGAGGAGUUCUUUGAAACCAAACAAGUUACGAAUUUUCCCUUAUAAAAUAGGAAAUUGAGACCCGACACCUCACUGGAUCUCACCAUAAGAGGUUCGCAAUGCACAGCAGGUCCUGGCACAGACAGAUGCGUUGUCACAUGUAGGAGUCUCCAGCUUUUUUUUAGCAGCCCCACUCCUGUCCCUCCCCCCACGCCUCCUCAGAGCAUCUUUAAUAAGACACAUGCUCCUGGGCUCGGGUGCUCAUUCACACCAAACGCUCCUUGGCGAUCCUCCAACAGGCUGCCUGCUCCCCUGCUAGCCCCGCCGAGUCUUCAUGGGUUGAACCAACAGGAGUGCCACACUCUCCUCUCCUCCUUUUUCCACCUCUCCUCUCCUCUCAUACUCCACGCAUCGCUCCUCCAUUACAUCGUCAACCGACCCCCCCCCACACCACCAUUAUGGCUUGUGCCCCGGGCAUGUUUGGAUUUGCAGCCGCAGCAGCAUAAUCCUCCGCUGAAGGGAGUUGUGGACACAGCAGCCCUUAGAGAGAGAGAGAGAGACAGUGAGAGACAGAGAGAGAGAGAGAGCGAGUGAGAGAGAGAGACCCAGCGGACAGCAGCAGCGGAGGGAGGGAAGCAGCAGGGAGGAGCAGCAACAGCAGCAGAGUGAUCCACCUGUCACAGAGUGGAAGGGGCCCCCCGCCUUAUCCGUCUGCCUGCAGGGGGGACCCCGCUUGGCCGGUCAGCACCAGGGACUAUGCAGCUGGGACUGGUGGCUCUGGCGAUGGUCUUUCUCGGAUCCAUGGGUCACAGCGACAGCGGCCUCAAGCUCUCAAAGGGACAGAGGCAGAGACGGAUUAGCACUGAGGGGCCACCAUCUUGCUCAAAUGGCUGUGAGCGAUGUUCCGAAUACAAUGGCUGUAUAAAAUGUAAGCCCAAACUCUUCAUUCUCCUGGAGCGCAACGACAUCCGCCAGAUAGGCGUGUGCCUCGCCUCGUGCCCACAGGGAUACUUCGGCAUGCGGACUCCCGAUACCAACAGAUGCAUCCAAUGUAAAAUAGAGAAUUGUGAGGAGUGUUUCAAUCGAAAUUUUUGCACAAAAUGUAAGGAGGGCUUAUAUUCACACAGAGGGCGAUGUUACCCCAGCUGCCCUGAAGGCCUCAGCACCACCAACGGGACCAUGGAGUGCGUAGAAUGUGAACUGGGCGAAUGGAGCCCAUGGGGUCCCUGUAUGAAGAAGAACAAGACGUGUGGCUUUAAGAAAGGCACACAGACCAGAGUGCAAGAGCUUCUUCAGGCCCCCAGCCCUGACACGGUCUCUGCGUCCUCCCCCCGGCCCUGUGCUCCACAGACUGAGAGACAGAAGUGCACAGUGCAGAAGGCACCAUGUGGGAAAGGAGAUGGGAAUAAGAAUAAGGGCGAGCGACGAGACCCGCAGAGGAGGCAAGACAAAGAAAAUGUCCGAGGCCAUGGCCACGAGGGCAAAGAGGGUGGCAAAGAGGGUGGCAAAGAGGCUGGCAAAGAGGGUGGCAAGAAGGGGGGCAAAGAGGGAGGAAAAGAAGGAAGCAGAGAGGGUGGCAAAGAGGGCGGGAAAGGAGGCAGAGAGGGUGGCAAGGGAGGCGGCAGGAGGAAAAAGGGCCAAAACCAGGCCACCACCACGCCCAGUCUUACCACUAGCACUGUAGCCUAGGCUUUAGUCACGCUGGGACUUAGUGGGGACAAGGAGGGACAAAAAACUAGGCAACACCCACCUGCAUUGGCCAUUAUUAAGAGACAGACAGUGGACUGAGGUGACAAUAUCAAACUGAUGAAGAAAAGGAUUAAUGCUGCUAUGCAUUCUAGAAGAUGCUGUAAGAGAACUGGAGGAUUGCUGCAAUACAUGAGGAACAGGACUUGGACUUAUCAGACUUGGAGGGAAGAGGGGGAAUGUGCACUGUGGAGGGUUCCACUGUAAGCCUUGCAGUAGGGUCAACAUGUUUCAUUUCACCGCUUCCAAGUUUAUCUUAGAGUUGGCAGAUGGAGAUCCCAGUGGCUGAACAGUGGAAGACACUGAAUAUGAAUAUGAGCAUUUCAAGAUGGAGGCUUCGCAAUGAUCAAGGAUCUCUUCAGUCCAUUAGAAUCCCUGAUGUGCUUUUCAAAAUCUAUUUUUCAUUGUUGACUUGACUCAUGUUUUGUGAACGGUAGCAAGUAGAUAUUUCUAAGGAGAUGUUGUUGUAAGUGAUAUAAAGAAAAUGAACAGUAUUAAGAUUCUUUAUUUUAAUUAUAUUUUUUGAUGAAACAAAAGAAAGGCACUGGAACAAAUGUGUGGUUUUGAAGGAAAACAUAUUUUAAUUCAUUUUUUGGUUUGAAGGGAAUCCGCUCCAAAACAAACCAGCAACAAUACAGAGAAAGUUUAGACGGCUUUAGUUCAAAUCCUGAUCUGGUGUUAGACAAAGGUUACCCACUUAAUAGCUUAGUCCUUAAUUUCAAGUAGAAUAAUGUUUUGGUAUCUUCAGCAUAAAAAGUUUAGAUUUGAAAACUGGGUGCGUUGUGUAUGUGUGUUGUGAGUGUAUGUCUGUGUGUGUCUGUGUGUGCAUUCGUGCCUGUCUGUAUGUUUACAAAAUUUCAACAAAACGUUUUUGUAAAGUAGUGGCCACACAAGCCUAUGUAUACUUGUGUGGGUAUAUUGUAUGUGUUUCUGCACGUAAGCUUAAUGUGUGUGUGUGUGUACGUAUCAAUCUGGUAGAAUGGGAAAUUUGAUAUAGACGAUGAGAGAGACCAUUGUAAAGGCACAGUUAUAUAUCAACGCAUCAAUAUUUCCAUAAUCAUAUGGCUCUGGUUACAUGUAAACCCUCUACAGCUGCUCAGUAAUCAUGUAUGUUUGCAACAGGGUCCGACAUAUCGGUGUUCUGUACUAUAUACACCUCGGUCAGUGGAAAGAGUCAUUGCAUUAUACAGCUACUUGUCAGCCUGAUACGACAAGAGCGACGAAAGUUUUUGUACCAUUUGACACUAAUCUUUGAGCAACCGCUGUCACGUUUUGUUUAGCUUUCCCUGGGUCUAUUUGCUUUACACCAACAAAAAAAAAAAUAUUAGCUUCGUGAGAAGGUAUACGUUAAAUAUGCGUUCGUAUUGUGGAUAGUGGUACUGAAAAUGUCAACAUCAGUAUAUCAUUGGUAUAUCUUAUUACUUCUGUGAAAGCUUGAAUAAAAUGCAGAUGCAGUAAACAUGGCAGACA